AUGCCUCUAGCUGCGAACGGUGCCAUGGGAUUCGCCCUGGUUGGGUUCGGCGUUACGCUGCUCGCCGGUUUCCUUUACGCCGCCGUCCUGUCCAAGGCGCUUCCACCGCCGGACAACUGGUUCUUGCUUGCCGUACGUAACGACAGGUAUUACUGCUUGCUUGUGCCCCUGACGGUCCCUGUGAUAAUUGUGGCCGUGUACCUGCACUGGAUGAGCAUGAAGAUGUUCAAGCAUGCGUGAGGACUAAUCAAGCGCAAGGAAAUCACCGUAGACAUCAGGAGUUCAUCACUCUGAAAGGCUGCAAUAUGUUUUUUCAGAGACAGUACGCGUUUUUUUUCCUGCUUCCUCGAGAGAAACUAGGCUACAUCUUACUAUAACCAAGGUAUAAAGGUGGGCUUGCUUUGCUGCCACCAUUGGUAGUAAAGACUGACUAGCAGUUCGUUUAAUUGCCAAGGUUUGGUAAUAUUGCCAUGCUC